CCGCCUUCCCCACAUCUUGUAUUUCUUCCAAAUUGAUUUUUCACCUAAGUAUAUAUAUGUCUAGUUUUUUGCAUCAUCUAUCUAUAAAAAUUACGUAGGGUGCUACUUGGUCCGACCGUCGAGGUCGACGUCGUUGCUAGUAGGUAUAAUAGUAAGUUGUUAUUGAGAAUUACAAUUGCACGUCACUCUUGUUCACUCUCCUUGUUCAGCUUGCUCAGUUUGCUCAUUACCAACACCACAGAUCUAGUAGUUUUGAUGACUCCAAGUACUACAACGAAGUCCUUUCUUCUACCAUUGACUGACCAUGAUGAAGAGCUUAGUAUAUAACUAACACAAGAGUGAUGAUCCACGAACAAGAUAUUGACUUGGUAUUCAUCCUAUGUUCAUGAUGUGAUAAUACUUUUGGUUGAAGUCAUUCUGCAGCAUCAAAGAUGUCAGCUAAGUCGCCUUUGAAAAGGAAAUCCCGGAAAGGGAAUAAGGGCUCCCCAGUUGGUACAGCUUUUGAUUUCUUAUUUAUUAUACAUACUUCACUUCUAUGGAUUGUUAAGAUUUCUCGUUGUACAUACAAGAAGUUUGAUCAUCGUUAUUUGACACUCAAUGAAAUUAAAGAUCUGUUGCAUCUGCUUGAUUUUUUUUUGAUCAUGUAAAAUAAAACUCAAGUAACCUAAAAAGAACGGCUAUGAUCUGGUAGCUGUUAUCUUCUGACCAAAAAAACAAGGCACGAGUACGACGUCAAGGAGUCCACCGACAAAGAUUACUCCGUCCUCGCACCCAGUGUCGUCUUUGGAGGGGAGACCCCGCAAAGAGAAAAAGGGGAAGGGUUUGCCAGGUAGGAGAUCUGAAUAAGUUGCACUUUUUCUUUGGGAAUUUCAUUUCCACGGAUUUUUAAUUACUAGUUUUUUGAUCUUGUUCAAUCGUCAUUAUAAAAUUUACCACUCCAUGGAAUUAGAGAUCUGGUGCUGCAUCUGCUUGGCUUUUUUUUAGCAUGUAAAAACUCAAGCAACCUAUUAAAUAAGUAAACGACUAUGAUCUGGUAAUUGAUAUUUUCUGACAAAAAAAACAAGGUACGAGCACGACGUCAAAGAGUCCACCGACAAAGGUUACUACGUCCUCGUCGCCAGUGUCGUCUUUGGAGAGGAAACCCCGCAAAGAGAAAAAGGAAAAGGGUUCGCCAGGUAGAAGAUCUGAAUAAGUUGUACUUUUUAUUUGGGAAUUUCAUUUCCACGGAUUUUUUCUAGUUUUUUGAUUUUGUUCAAUCGUCAUUAUAAAAUUUACCACUCAAUGGAAUUAGAGAUCUGGUGCUGCAUCUGCUUGGAUUUUUUUUAACAUGUAAAAACUCAAGCAACCUAUUAAAUAAGUAAACGACUAUGAUCUGGUAAUUGAUAUUUUCUGACAAAAAAAACAAGGUACGAGCACGACGUCAAAGAGUCCACCGACAAAGGUUACUACGUCCUCGUCGCCAGUGUCGUCUUUGGAGGGGAAACCCCGCAAAGAGAAAAAGGAAAAGGGUUCGCCAGGUAGAAGAUCUGAAUAAGUUUUACUUGUUUGGGAAUAUUAUUGCGGUAUAGUGGCUUGAUCAAUCUUGUUCAUCAUUUUUAACACACAACGGAGUUGAGCAUCUGCUUGGUUUUUUUUUGAUUAUGUAAAAAUCGAAUUCCAAAAAUAGCCAACAACUACGAUCUGGCAGUUCUUGAAGAUAUUUUCUGACCAAAAAAUCAAGGCACGAGUACGACGUCAAAGAGUCCAGUGACGAACUCAGUGUCGCCCUUGGAGAAGAAACCUCGGAGAGGGAAUCAAAAGACCAAGCGCUCGCCAGGUACAGCGUUUUUUCUCGAUUAGCUUCUUAGUGCAUCUAUUUCUUAUUGCCCGGUUUUUUAUACAUCUUAAGACAACUGGAACAGGAACAGGGGAACAUCAUCUUUAUUCAUUACACAUAUUACACUUCUAUAGACAAGAACGUAGGCAAUAUUAAACCAGCUUCAUUUCAUGACUUCAAAAUGAGGUAUGACGGCAAAGUCAAAGACUUCAACGAGAAAGACUACUACAUCGCCCACAACGAGAACACUACGCGUGAAUGAGGCAGAUCUAGAAGCCUACCGGGGAAGAAGCCGAACAAUAAAGAAAAACUUAAGGCUACUUCAACUUGUUGUAGGACCAGCAUGAAAGAACAUUCGUUCCAUGUAAAAACUGCAGAUGCUCGAGCUGGCCCUUGUUUGAUGACAACGACUACAAGAAUGACCUUGGCAAUUAGCAGCGAAUUGAAAAUAUUGUCUCACAGCUGUCAUUUUCGAUCCUCCUCAUUUUCUAACCUCUGUGAACACCCUCCGAGACAAGUUGCUGCCUGGUUCGAAGGUAACAACUGCGCGCGGCGAGAAUGGUGGGAGAGUGCGAUCCUGUAGUCGCCGUGUCACGUGUGCGGCAGUCAUGGUCGUACCUGCAGCAUUACCGUUAGAGCAGAAGCGAAGGAACACAGAUAGGACAAUCAACAUCGUGCAGGAUGACACGCACCAGGGAGUACAAGAGCCGUCGGGCAAGGUCAGUAAAACAUCUGUUCGUCGAGUUCGAUCCCACCUCCGCGGCUCGGCCAGAGCAUACUUCUUAAGGCUAAUACCAUAUCACUAUCCACUAUCCGUGUCGUCUGACUAUUUAUUAUAUGCUGAGCGGCGUCCAGUUUGAAUUUUGUCGAAGGGAUGUUCAUCUUAAGGGAAGAAAGAAAGGGAAGCCGCUCAUCGUAAGCGCGGAUGGUGUUAGUGAAAGACUACCUUUAACAUACGAGAAGUCAGUCGAGCAAGGAUCUGAAUCUUCUUUCUUAGACGUGAGUCUGACCACGAAGUGUACUUCGUGUGGGACGCAGCAGGUGGAUCGCGCGCCAUCUGGGAAGGAUGAGAAAAAACAAGUGGAGGGCGCACCUACUGAAAGCCAGGCGGGCAAUGAUGGGGAAAAGGCGGUAACAAGUGUACCCGAGGACAAGACUGAAGAAGCUUCGAGCGAUGUCGGUGAGGGACAAGCGCUCGAGGCAUCUACUGCAUCAGGACCUGCGGCACCAGGGCUCGAGGCGUCUACUGCAGCCGGACCUGCGGCACCAGGGCUCGUGGCAUCUGCUGCUUCAGAAACUGCACCUCAAGCGCCCGGGUCACAGAACGGUAAACUGGCCACAGAUACAACACAGGAUGGAGCCAGGAAAAACGUCGAUCAAGCAGCAAGGGCCGGCCAGUCGUCCUCCAUGGCGGCGGAAAAGCCCGCUGGUAAAGCUGAGCUGAGCACCCCGUUUGCCACAGCCGUCGGCGGAGGCCUAGGAUCCGCUGGUACUCCCCCUCGUGUGUUGCAACUCUAGUAGAAUUAGAAACGAUGAUCGCCAUCUACUUCUUCUUCCGACCACCUUUCUUAAGUUUCAUUUUUAUCUUCUUCAUCAUUCUUGAACACCAGUGGGACCUCCGGAGUUACACCACCUGUAGUAAUCUUUGACAUCUUUCUUCUUCAACCAUACCUGAGUGAAUAAUCUUAAUCAUGACUUCUUGCAGGAGACGAAAAUACUCGCGGUAGAAGCAGUGUUGACGAUGCGAAGACGAAUAGCCAGGUGGGGCAAGGCAAUGACAACGCAAAAGUCCAGGCCAAGAAUGCAGAUCAUCCUCAAGAUACUCUACCACAAGGAAAGGGACAAUCUGUCUGCACGCAAGAGCUCAAGGACAGCGUCUUUUCUUCCAAGAAUGAGCAGCCGCAUGGAGAAUGUCAAGGUCUUGCAGAUGCUCUUCAGGAUCUACGACACCAUGUUCCAUCAGCAAGCCAAGAGGCCGUAAUCGCAAGCGCGAAGAGCAUCGAGGGCUUCAGCGGCCACCCUAAACAGCUAUCUGCAGAGGAGUUGCACACGCGGGUCACGCAACAUUUCCCACGCGUGUGGAAAUAUUUUACGCGGCCAGAAUUGUUUCAGGAGAAGCAUUUCGGAAUUGACGUGCAGAGAGCGUUGACUUCAGCAGUUUAUGAAUAUUUGUGGGCGGAGUUUGCGACUGGAAGCGUGAGGCUCUAUACGAAAGAAUAUCCAGAGUGCGCCGUUGAGUUGGUAAGGGCGCACCUGCUCUUCGGUUCACAGCUGGUAUCUGGAUGUUUCAAAGAGCACCCGAAAGCACACUCGUUCGUGAAUCAGUCGCGGACUUUUUUGUGGACAAUAGCGAACGCGCUCGGCGGGGAAAGUGCUGAGCGCGUCAACGUGGCAAGGAAGAAGAUGCUCCAACUGCUGGAGCGAGCUCCCACUGAAGGAGAGAACAACAGGCUCGACGAGAUAGUCAAAGAUGCUCGCGAAUUCCUCCAGGGGGUAGAGAGCGUAGCGGAGCGUAAACGAGUCCUGCGGCAAGCAGAAGUCGAAUGGAAGCAGCUGCAGUCUAACUCAGUGUGGACGGGUCCCCGAAGUGGCAACGAGCUGGAAGCGCUCCUCCACCGCGUUGAAGAGCCACUUCUGAUCCAUCAGGCCGACCACGAGUCGAUACUGAAGAUUUUCAAGGGCGAAGAGCCCAUCGUCAAUCUUUCGACGCACCUGCUACCCAGCGUACUCCACUACAAUCCGGUAAUCGGGGGCGACCGUCGCUUGAGACCGGGCAUCCUCAUUGACGCUGGAGAAUGCUCCGUGCUGGCAGCAGCCUCAUACGACACGGCGUCGGACGUCUUGGAUCGUGGUAAAGGCAAAACCCGACGUAAAAGUCACGUGAAGAAGGAAUACGAAACGCUGUGGCCAGAGGCAGUGCACAACAGCCUGCGCGAUCCGAAGCCGCUGGAGGCAGGGGGUCUUCCAGUAUAUUCCGGCAUUCCAAAGGUGAUCAUCGUACCAGCAGAUCAGAAAGUCGCCGACUGGAAUAGCUUUAUAAGCGAGCCGAAGACCGCAGACAGGCUCCGGUGGCGGGAUUCCAAUCAACACGAAAAGGCAACGUUAUCACAGCCGCAAGAGAGAUUCGUCUUAUGAUUACUAUACUAGAGAUAGCUCGCCUCUCAUUCCAAUUUUUUUGAAUUUGAAUUUUUUUCAGGGGAAUUCAUUCGACUGAGAGGACUAAUAACCACUUUCGGAAGAGAUUUGUAAAUGAGAGUAUCAAUCUGGUCAGUUGUCAAAGUAUGGAGUUUGAGCUUGCUCAAAUUUCUGUUUAUACACCGGACGGCAGAAGCGAGGACUUCUGUCAUCCUCUUACUCUUCAUUCCUCAUCCAUCACUGACCCGUGAGUGCAAAGACCCUCCAGAAACUCAGACCAGACGUAGUUACUGUUGACCAGUUUAUUGGCGCCGUAGUCUUGGUUCGUAGCUUUGUUGUGUCCUUGAAGGACUUGGAGUUGGUAUAACUUUUGUGGAAGUUGCUUGGUAGGGAUUUGUGCCCUCUUGGUUUUCUGGUUUGCAUUUUCUUCUUUUGCGCGUCGCUUUGGCAUGUCUGGCACUCGGCGUCUUCCGUUGGGUAAGUCUUCGUUGCUUGCGCUUUGGUUCUUUGGUGCCUUCGCUCUGCGUUUGGUCAUCUUGCCCUCAUUGAGGUGCGUGUGCGUGUUUCUGGUCAGUAGAAUCCGAGUCGUGUAGUCUACGUGCGCGUGCCUUCGCUACUCGGGAACAGUGUCGCACCGAUUCCCCACCUGUUUUACCUUCCUCUUUGUUGUAGUAAUUAUGUUAGUGUAUGACGACCCCGUGUAUAAACAAUCGGUCUCGUCUUCGAGUCCUAAACUCUUUUGGUUUUGAUAAUCACUGUUGCUGUAUAUUGGCGAGGCGCAUCUUGCUAGUAACAAAGAUGUAGUACUAUGAGCAAGAGCUCUAAUCACAUUUCUGCCGGAGGAUGCCACCAAGGAAAUCGCCGUGGAGGACCUGAAGAAAAUUGCCGAGCACAUCAACUCCUGGCCGGCCUGGGAGAGGCACGGCACGAGGACGGGCGUCUUUAACCCCAUGAGAUACCACUUUAUGCAAAGCAACAACGAGGUUAUCGUGAAGAAAUGCGGUGCCAGUGCAAUUCUCGGCAUUUUCGUCAAGCAGGGCGACAGCGCGACGCAAACCGCACUGGCAAACUGGCUGAACGAGGACGAGACAAGAAAAACGUGGAGCGUUCCCACGUGGACGUAUCAGCUGGAGGCUGUAGUUCCGGAACACUCACAUGACGCGGGCAAAGUUCUCCAGCCGAGACCGUCAGAGCUUCCAACCGCGCUGCAGAGCACACACCAGACGACUCAAGCACCAGGAGUGGGCGCUGAAGUCAGAAAUGUCGUUAAGACGAGGCUGGAACUAUUUCUCUGUGUUUUCUUCUUGUAGAAGUCUGUAACUGUAUAUCUUCCGACGCCUAUCUUCUAUCUAUAAUAGGGUCACUGCUGUUCACAAGCUGCAAUGGAAAGCCAGCGAUCUCAUAGUACAUAGUGUACUCAUAAUACAAGAAUCCACAAUGCGUGCUAGCUUUUUGCGAGUAGUAAAAGUCCAGUUCUUCAUCUGACUUCUAGUAGUAAACGACUAUGCCUGACGCUGCCAAGAACUAUCAUGAUGACUCAUUUCUGUGGAUCUCUUCUAUGUAAUGAAAGAGUUGCUUUUUGACUCUCUAACAAGGUUCACAAGCCUAUUUAGUGAAGGAAUUGCUGCUAUGAAAAUAUGCUAUUAUUUUGGAGUGGUUGCACAUGCGACGCCACUCCUUCCUCUGUUCAUAUUAGAUCCCCGUGAAGUCUCCCUCCUCACCCUUCAUGAUGCGAAUGGAGCAACACGGCGACGAGAAAAGUCGUGUGCGAAUGUUCGAGCGGAGAGAUACGAAAUCUGUGGUGGACCCCCGUUGA